CCUACAAACCAGUAACAUGGAAAUGCUCUUUCUUGCCUUAUUAACACUGGAGCGUUUUUAUGCAUUAAGUGGUUUUCUGAUCGCACACACUAAUAAAGGGUUAUGUCUGAGCACACACAAGAGUGUGGUGGUCCUGAGGAAGUGUGAUGAGAGUGACCCGUCUCAGCAGUGGAUCUGGACCAGCAGCAUGAGACUCAAUCACACACUUAUGUCCAGAUGUCUGUGGGUCAAUCAGAGCACCAACAUCCCGCACCACACUCGCCUGGUCAAACUCAGGGACUGCGAUACUGCACCGGCAUGGAAGUGCUACAACCACCGAGGGAUCUUUGGAUUGGCAGAGAUGCCGAUGUUCCUGAAAAAACAGGGUGAACGGGCUGUUGUCUGCUUUGAGCAAAGGAAUUCAAACUGGUCCAUGAUCACGAUGGACUCUGAGGGGAGACGGGUGUCCAAGUCUCUCUGCCCUGCCACAGGCCCGUCCACAGUUUCAACAAUGACACAGUUUCCAAUGAAACAGGUUUCAGUUUUUUCCACAGGGGAAAUGACCACUCUAACAGUCCCUGCCAUUACUCAAAGCAGAGCGGUGACCCACCACAGUAACACAGUCAGAAGCAGAACUAAACGCACUGCUACCACUGCUCUUGGUGAUCUGAUAACAUUUACUGCCAAAACAGACUUUAAGGAGAACUACACUCAAACGCUUGAGACAGAAUCACCCUACGAGAUGAGUGAUGUUACAGAUGUGUCCUCCACCGCUCUGAUGGUAACGGGAACUCCUCAUGUACCUCAGAAUUUCACCCAGAAUAGAGUUGACAUGACAGAGAUGACCUCAGAUGUUAUGGAGCAGACCCAUAACCCUCUGACUUCUCAGACAGAGUUAACUAUCUCCCCAACAGACGCUGAGCCUUCAGGUUCUUCUAAUGGGAGCACUGAAACUCAGACCAUUUUAGACUUUCAUACAGGACCGUCUGAAGCUAACAUCAGUGAUGUAGAUCCUACACUGACUGAGAGUUCAACCAGUAGUGUCCCAGUGUCAAACACAGAUGGGGCAUGGACAAAUGCCACAACCAAAAGCUCAACCACGACAAAGAUCAUCAAAGAUGUUCAGACUAUGUUGCCAUUUAAAACCAGAACGACCCGAGCAAUUACUGAAGUUCUUCCUAAUACAGAUACUAGAGCUACUCCAAAUACAGCCACCAGUUCUGCUAAAACUACAGCAAGUGCAACAACCACCCUUACAGCCCCGUACACAUCUACACCUGCCCCGGACACAGACGCGUUCACAUCAGCUACUUACACAACUACUGUGGCUCCAGCUACAACUGUAGAAACAACCACAACCACCAUCACCACCACAGCUGCUCCGAGCACAAGAACCUCACCUCCACCAUCUACCGUCACUCCUACCAUGGCUUCCACAGCAAAGUUUACAACGACGGAGGCUGUCAGGUGUCUGGUGAAUGUGACUGCAGAGAGUAUUAAUAUGGAUUAUUGUGUAUUUAAUUUCACAACACCUGGAAAAUCCUGUAGCUUCAUUAUGAAUGAUACUUCUCACUUCACAAGAUGUUCUGAAGAUAUCAAGCGUCCCAACCAUUAUACAUGCCUGAUGAUGGGUUUGACUCCCGGUGCUACCUAUUUGUUUGGAAUAAUGUCUGAGAUAGAUGGCAUACGCUUAAACGUUACAGUUCAAACUGCUCCUGCUCCCGUCACAUCAUUGACUCUCCAGAGCAACGGCAGUCAGGACUCUCUUAAAGCUGCCUGGAUUCCUGCUGUCGGAUACGUGGAUUCCUACGAGCUCUCUCUGUCACCCUCCAUCUCUUCAGAACGGGACCUUACCCUACCUCCAAAUACAACUCAUUGGGUUUUUAGCGGCUUGACACCUGGAAAAACGUAUCAAGUUUUAGUGAAGACGAAGAGAGGAGAACUAACAGCUGAGACCAGGACAAUAGGGAGAACAGCACCAGGAUGGGCGGCUCAUCUCAAGCUGGAGGCCCUUAAUGAGAAGACCCUGCGCUUGUCCUGGUCUUCUCCUGAUGGCGACUGGGAUUUCUACCGUAUCCUGCUGUUCAAUGGCUCUUCUGUGCUGAUGAACCGGACGGUUGAAAGGAAUCUUGUGGAGUUCAGCUUCACUAACUGGACUCUGAUUCCAGGCCGCCUGUACAGAGCUGCUGUGAGUGUGGAGAGCGGAUAUCUGAGCUCAACCGCAGGCUGCCACGGGAGACUAGCUCCCCGGUCCGUUCAGAGGCUGAAUGUCCGUCACAGUACAGAGACCUCGCUGAGUGCUGUAUGGAGCCGUCCUGUCGGCGAGUGGGACAACUACACCGUCCUGCUGAAGGAUGAAGACACGACUGUGGAUACGCGGGCAUUAGCCCAUGAUGCGCAGGAAUGCAACUUUAAUAACCUGAUACCUGGACACACCUAUACGAUCACCGUGACGACCAAUAGUGGAGAUCUGAGUAGUUCAGCCCUCGUCACAGGAAGAACCAUCCCUGCGCAGGUCACCCAGCUGCGGGUCAGUAAUCAGGGCAGCACAGACACUCUGCAGGUGCUCUGGGACGGGGCGGCCGGUGCGGUGGAUCUGUACUGCGUGCUCCUCAUCCACGACAGCGUGGUCAUGAAGAAUGAAAGUGUGAUGCCCAAUGUCACCUCCUACUACUUCCAGGGCCUGAGAUCCGGCGCUCUGUACAGGACAGUGGUGACCACAGUGCACAGGGGCGACCUCUCACGCCAGACGGUGGCUGAUGGGCGCACAGUUCCAGCCGCAGUGAGAGACGUGACGGUGAGCAACAACGGGCGCAUGGACUUCCUGAGUGUGUCCUGGAGAGCAGCUGAAGGAGACGUGGACAGUUACUCCGUCACUCUGAGAGAUCAGGAGAGAACCCUUCACACCCUCACUGUGUCUAAGUUCAGUACAGAGUGUGUUUUUAAGUCUCUGGUGUCUGGACGUCUCUACAACAUCUCCAUCAGCACCCGCAGUGGAGAGUAUGAAAACCACACCGUGGUUCAGGAGCGCACACAACCUUCCAGAGUGUUGAACCCUACAGCCACACACAUGGCUCGUGACAACCAUCUAAAGGUGUACUGGCGGCACGCAGCUGGAGACUUUGACUACUAUCAUGUCUCCAUCAAGCACAACAACAUGUUCCACCAGAACAAGACGGUCCCCAAGACUCAGAACGAAUGUGUGUUCAGUGGGCUGGUACCAGGCAGACUCUACACUGUGAUUGUCAGCACAUGGAGCGGGAGAUAUGAGUCUAGUGUCUCAACUUAUGGAAGGACAUUGCCAGCAGGAGUGCAGAACCUGAGGCUAGCUGACAGCGGCACAGAGGAUCUGCUGGUGAUGUGGGUUUCUGCUCCCGGAGAUGUGGAUCAUUAUGAGGUUCAGCUGCUCUUUAAUGACAUGAAGGUGUUUCCACCGAUCACACUGACCAGCAGCACCAACAGAUACCUGCUCUCUUCACUCACUCCUGGAAGACUCUACAAAAUUGUGGUGUCCACCUUUAGUGGACCAAACCUCAGUGUGCAGUUUAUCAAAGGCAGAACAGUUCCCAGUAAAGUGAAGAACAUUCAUAUCAGUAAUGCCGGUCAGAGCAGCAGUCUUAGAGUGAACUGGACGCCUGGACAGGGUGAUGUGGACCACUACACUGUGUCACUGUCCCUGACGGGCGGUCAGGCAGAGGAGAAAUCAGUCCCUAAACAUGUGAAUGAGAUCAGUUUCCAGGGUCUAUUGCCAGGAAAACAGUACAUGAUAACCGUUACAUCAAUCAGCGGAUCUCUGAUCAAUAACAGCACAGCAACAGGACGAACAGUUCCCUCCUCCGUGACUGCUCUACAGGUGGAGAACCAGCGCAGCACGUCUAGUCUGCUGGUGUCAUGGCAGGCGGGGCGAGGGGUGUAUGACAGCUAUCGGCUGCAGCUGCUGGAUGACAGAGGAACUCUGGUGUCUAAUAGCUCUCAAACUGCAGAAGCCAGCCAGCAUAACUUCAGACAGCUCACUCCAGGAAAAAAAUAUUGCAUUGUGAUGCAAACCAUCAGCGGAGGAAUCAGCAGCAAAGAUGUCAUUACUGAGGGCAGAACCAGUCCAGCGACUGUUAAUAACCUGUCCAUCUUAAGCAACACAACCACAAGCCUGUCGUUCCGCUGGGAUCUGCCAGACGGGGCGUUUGAUGGAUUUGAUGUUUUUCUGUAUACUAGAGAUGAAAGCUUGCAUGAUCAGAAAACGGGAAUGGUGAACAUGCAGGACUGUUCUUUCCAGAACCUUCAACCUGGGUCGUUGUACAAGGUGGUUGUUCUGACCCGCAGUGGAGAUCAGACCAAUGACACAUCCAUCUGGGCCCGGACAGUUCCUGCAGCAGUGACAUUCUUGCGUGCCGACAGUAGAAGAAGCUCUGAGAGUCUGUGGUUGAGCUGGAAACAGGCCGGGGCUGAAGUGAGCAGCUACACCCUCCUGAUCUACAACUCUGAUGGGACUCAAAAAGCAGAGCAGAGCUUGGGCCCGGAGAGCAGAAGUUACACGUUUCAAAGGCUGGUGUCUGGACGACUUUACCAGGCUGUCGUCCUUACACACAGUGGAGAUCUGACCAACAGGGCAACUACUACCGGCAGGACGGACCCUAGGCCACCAGUCUCAUUCUCCUUUGGAGAAAUCACUAACACCUCACUGGAGAUCACCUGGAGCAGUCCAGAAAACACUGAUUAUGAUGACUUUGACCUUCAGUGGAGCCCCAGGGAUCAUCUGUCUGUGUUCAACCCCUACCACAGCCCCACAUCUGGAAACCGUAUUCUGAAAGGCAUGUACCCUGGCCGUCAGUACAACAUCAGCCUGCGUACAGUCAGCGGUGCUGGAACCAACAACACUACCUACAGCUUUCCAGUCUACAGGAGCAUCAGGACAAAGCCGGAGCGUGUUCAGAGUCUGCACUGCCGUCCUCAGAACUCAACAGCCAUUUGCUGUUCCUGGAGUCCCCCCGAAGCUGACUUUGACUCGUACACCAUCGAGUGCUUGAGAAAGGACUCUCAGAGAAUGGUGUACUCACAGCGCACAGUCAAAGAGAACACCGUCUAUCUGAUCAAAGAUCUGGAGCCUCAUAAGCAGUACAUUGUCUCUGUCAAAGUCAUCUCUGACAGCAUGACUAGUGAGGCAGUGAUGGAGAAUGUGGUCACAAUGAUAGACCGUCCACCUCUGCCCUCAACUCGCGUCGAUGAGAAUACAGUUCAGGUUACCAAGUCAACCAUAUUCUUCCAGUUCAACUGCAGCUGGUUCAGUGAUAUCAACGGUGCUGUGAAAUUCUUCACCAUCAUCGUAACUGAAUCUGAUGACAGUGAACACCAGCAGCCAUACCAGCUUCAUCCUCUUCCCUCAUACCUGGACUACAGAUCCAACAGCUCGGUCAAAGCUUAUCAGACCAGCUUCUUCCCCAGCCACUGUGACGAGAGCCAGAACACAGUGCAGGAGUUUGAGAUUUGUCUGGGAUCAGGCAUGGAGAGUCUUGGAGGACGAUGUGAUCAGAAACCAUCAACUGAUGCAUCUCAACACCAGGCGAUCUUCUGUGAUGGGCAACUGAAACCCAAGACAGCAUACAGACUCAGUGUUCGAGCGUUUACACAACUUUUUGAUGAGAAUCAUGAGGAGUUUCUCUCUCCGCUCUAUACUGAUACAUACCUGUCCAAGCCCUUCAUGACAGAUGCAGAGCCAUUGAGUGGGGUCAUCGAAGGGGUCAGUGCUGGACUCUUCCUCAUUGCCACCAUGGUGGGAUUAAUUGUUCUGCUGAUCUGCAGACAAAAAGUCCACAAAAUCCCAGACUCUCUUCACUCCAUUCUGCUGCAGAUGUUGCUGCAGUUUGUACCUCAAGGAGAGAGAUGUACCAUGUCAUGGCCUGAUCGACCAAGAGGGGACAGAGCAGUGCAUUUAUAUGCAUCUUUCGGACCAAACCUCAGUGUGCAGUUUAUCAAAGGCAGAACAGUUCCCAGUAAAGUGAAGAACAUUCAUAUCAGUAAUGCCGGUCAGAGCAGCAGUCUUAGAGUGAACUGGACGCCUGGACAGGGUGAUGUGGACCACUACACUGUGUCACUGUCCCUGACGGGCGGUCAGGCAGAGGAGAAAUCAGUCCCUAAACAUGUGAAUGAGAUCAGUUUCCAGGGUCUAUUGCCAGGAAAACAGUACAUGAUAACCGUUACAUCAAUCAGCGGAUCUCUGAUCAAUAACAGCACAGCAACAGGACGAACAGUUCCCUCCUCCGUGACUGCUCUACAGGUGGAGAACCAGCGCAGCACGUCUAGUCUGCUGGUGUCAUGGCAGGCGGGGCGAGGGGUGUAUGACAGCUAUCGGCUGCAGCUGCUGGAUGACAGAGGAACUCUGGUGUCUAAUAGCUCUCAAACUGCAGAAGCCAGCCAGCAUAACUUCAGACAGCUCACUCCAGGAAAAAAAUAUUGCAUUGUGAUGCAAACCAUCAGCGGAGGAAUCAGCAGCAAAGAUGUCAUUACUGAGGGCAGAACCAGUCCAGCGACUGUUAAUAACCUGUCCAUCUUAAGCAACACAACCACAAGCCUGUCGUUCCGCUGGGAUCUGCCAGACGGGGCGUUUGAUGGAUUUGAUGUUUUUCUGUAUACUAGAGAUGAAAGCUUGCAUGAUCAGAAAACGGGAAUGGUGAACAUGCAGGACUGUUCUUUCCAGAACCUUCAACCUGGGUCGUUGUACAAGGUGGUUGUUCUGACCCGCAGUGGAGAUCAGACCAAUGACACAUCCAUCUGGGCCCGGACAGUUCCUGCAGCAGUGACAUUCUUGCGUGCCGACAGUAGAAGAAGCUCUGAGAGUCUGUGGUUGAGCUGGAAACAGGCCGGGGCUGAAGUGAGCAGCUACACCCUCCUGAUCUACAACUCUGAUGGGACUCAAAAAGCAGAGCAGAGCUUGGGCCCGGAGAGCAGAAGUUACACGUUUCAAAGGCUGGUGUCUGGACGACUUUACCAGGCUGUCGUCCUUACACACAGUGGAGAUCUGACCAACAGGGCAACUACUACCGGCAGGACGGACCCUAGGCCACCAGUCUCAUUCUCCUUUGGAGAAAUCACUAACACCUCACUGGAGAUCACCUGGAGCAGUCCAGAAAACACUGAUUAUGAUGACUUUGACCUUCAGUGGAGCCCCAGGGAUCAUCUGUCUGUGUUCAACCCCUACCACAGCCCCACAUCUGGAAACCGUAUUCUGAAAGGCAUGUACCCUGGCCGUCAGUACAACAUCAGCCUGCGUACAGUCAGCGGUGCUGGAACCAACAACACUACCUACAGCUUUCCAGUCUACAGGAGCAUCAGGACAAAGCCGGAGCGUGUUCAGAGUCUGCACUGCCGUCCUCAGAACUCAACAGCCAUUUGCUGUUCCUGGAGUCCCCCCGAAGCUGACUUUGACUCGUACACCAUCGAGUGCUUGAGAAAGGACUCUCAGAGAAUGGUGUACUCACAGCGCACAGUCAAAGAGAACACCGUCUAUCUGAUCAAAGAUCUGGAGCCUCAUAAGCAGUACAUUGUCUCUGUCAAAGUCAUCUCUGACAGCAUGACUAGUGAGGCAGUGAUGGAGAAUGUGGUCACAAUGAUAGACCGUCCACCUCUGCCCUCAACUCGCGUCGAUGAGAAUACAGUUCAGGUUACCAAGUCAACCAUAUUCUUCCAGUUCAACUGCAGCUGGUUCAGUGAUAUCAACGGUGCUGUGAAAUUCUUCACCAUCAUCGUAACUGAAUCUGAUGACAGUGAACACCAGCAGCCAUACCAGCUUCAUCCUCUUCCCUCAUACCUGGACUACAGAUCCAACAGCUCGGUCAAAGCUUAUCAGACCAGCUUCUUCCCCAGCCACUGUGACGAGAGCCAGAACACAGUGCAGGAGUUUGAGAUUUGUCUGGGAUCAGGCAUGGAGAGUCUUGGAGGACGAUGUGAUCAGAAACCAUCAACUGAUGCAUCUCAACACCAGGCGAUCUUCUGUGAUGGGCAACUGAAACCCAAGACAGCAUACAGACUCAGUGUUCGAGCGUUUACACAACUUUUUGAUGAGAAUCAUGAGGAGUUUCUCUCUCCGCUCUAUACUGAUACAUACCUGUCCAAGCCCUUCAUGACAGAUGCAGAGCCAUUGAGUGGGGUCAUCGAAGGGGUCAGUGCUGGACUCUUCCUCAUUGCCACCAUGGUGGGAUUAAUUGUUCUGCUGAUCUGCAGACAAAAAGUCCACAAAAUGAGUGCACAAGAGCCUGUGGUCAGAAUGAGUUUAAGAAGAGAUAGACAACCCUCAGGAACUCACGUCAUUGUUAGAGGGAACCGUCGUGUCUCAAGUCCCAUCAGCAUCACACAUUUUGAGUCACAUUUAGCUAAACUUCGAGCAGACUCCAACUACCUCCUUUCUGAGGAAUAUGAGGACCUGAAGGAUGUUGGUCGUAACCAACCUCAAGACGCAGCAUUAUUGCCUGAAAACAGAGGCAAAAAUCGCUACAACAAUAUACUGCCUUAUGAUUCUACACGGGUGAAGCUGUCCUAUGUUGAUGAUGACUCCUGCUCAGAUUAUAUUAAUGCCAGUUAUGUUCCUGGCAAUAACUUCAGACGGGAGUAUAUAGCGACUCAGGGUCCUUUGCCCGGCACAAAAGAUGAUUUCUGGAAGAUGGUCUGGGAGCAGAAUGUUCACAACAUAGUUAUGGUGACACAGUGUGUUGAGAAAGGAAGGGUGAAGUGUGACCACUACUGGCCAUUUGAUCAGGAGCCGCUGUACUAUGGGGAUCUGGUAGUUCAGAUGCAGUCAGAAUCUGUGCUGCCCGAGUGGACCAUCCGAGAAUUCAAGAUCUGUAAUGAGGAACACCUGAGCUAUUCCCGAGUGGUGCGUCAGUUUCACUACACUGUGUGGCCGGAUCACGGAGUUCCAGAGAUCACGCAGUCGCUCAUUCAGUUUGUGCGGACUGUGAGAGACUAUAUCAACCGGACGCCCUUCUCUGGAGCCACUGUAGUGCACUGCAGUGCUGGAGUGGGGCGCACCGGAACCUUUAUUGCUCUUGACAGAGUCCUUCAGCAGCUGGACACUAGAGACACGGUGGACAUCUACAGUGCUGUGUUUGAUCUGAGGCUUCAUCGCACACACAUGGUGCAGACAGAGUGCCAGUACUCGUACCUCUACCAGUGCGUGCGAGAUGUGCUUCGUGCAAGAAAACUGCGCAGUGAACAGGAGAACCUUUUGUAUCCCAUCUAUGAAAAUGUGCAUCCGGAUUACCAUCGAGAUGUGGUCUACUCCAAACGCUGAUGUGCAGGUGGAUAAAAAAGUGGCCAAACACUUUAUUGUCAAACACAUAUGUAAAAAUUUAUUUGAAAAUGAAUUUAAGGUAAUAUGCUAUGUGUAUGCCUAGAUGUAACAGAAUUAUAUCAUGUACAUAUAUUAUUCAAUAUUAAUUCAGAGUUUAUGUUAAUUCUUGCAUAAUAUAAUGUGCAUCACUAAUUAAAUGUUGUAGCUAAUUUUAUAUUAAUAA